CACUGUCAAUGUCAAUCCUUUUCCAUGUUUUGUUGAUUGUUGUCCUAUUUUGUCACUAUUUUCUUAGUUAAUCGAUAAAACUAAAGCUGAGAUUGCUAGGAAACCAGAAAGAUGACGAAGAAUACAAUAAAUUUGGAUGUCGAUCCUUCCAUAAUGGAAAAAACCAUGAGGAUCGUAAAAGAAAGUGCAAUGGAAGAGGAAUUGAAUAAAUUGCUGUCAGAAGAUUCGGUUCCGUGUAAAUACGUCAAACCUACACCAGGUUUUUGCGUUAAAACUUUCAUGAAGCCUGACAAUAAAAAGAUUUUUGUCAAUAUCUGCUUGACUGAAGCUAUACCAUGCCCCAGAGAUAUUACUAAUGAAGAGUUAAUGAAAAUUUUAAAUUCUGAAGAUCCUUCUAGUUACAGAGUCCCAAUGAGCAUUGGUGAAGGACGUACAGAGUUGGACAAAUCAGGGGCACCAGCAACUGUAUAUGAUGUUGCCAUUAAUCCAAAAUUCUUUACUAAAAUUGAAAAUGAUGAUCUGUUCCAUACAUUCUUUCUAACUGUAGUCUUUGAAGGGUUGCAAGACAAAUACCAGUUUGAGAUAGAUUCACAGAAAUACUCUGUUCUCAAGAAUAGGAAAUCCAUAGGAACUUUACAAUCUCAUAGGAUUGAGAUCAGAGAUAUUAAAACUUCAGAAUCACCAACGCAUAAACCAUUAAUCGAGGAAAUUAGUAAGACUGUAGAACAGAGAAAGAUUAUAGAAUCUCCAAAAAUGGAGAAGAUGAAAAAGGAAAUCUAUUACCGUUUAAGAAGAGAGCCACCUACAGGAGAAAUUGAUUAUCUCUUGGCAGAGUUUAAGAUUCCACCAACUUUAGAAUUUAAAGACUUACACUUGGAGGUUGGAGAGGAUAGGCUUGUGUUAGACUCCAAAGGGAACUAUGAUUUGAUUGAUUUCUACCUCCCAUGCAGUGUGGACCAAGAUAUUAUUGAAGCUAAACUGAAUAGGAAUUUUGAUUUAUUGACUGUCAAAAUGCCAGCAAUCCAUUAGACAGCAUUUAGCCAUAAUCUGUUACAGCUUGAAGAUCUAUGAAUAUACUAAAAAUGCAUAAAAUAAACACUAAUUUUAUGAAUGUAAAAAUGUUUCUUUGAAGGCAGUAGUUAUUUCAUUGUUGUAAUGGUAAAAAACCCAAGGAAAAUAAAACUAUGGUUAAAACAAAAAAUGUUUUAUUUUAUUACAAAUGUUCUAUUUAAUACGGCUUUGCUUGUGAUUUUAAAGUCAUAAAGUCUUAUGCUAAAAGAUGUUACAAUACUGUUAAAUUACAUUGCAAUAGUUUUUGGUAAGCAUUAU